AUGGAUCUCCCGACUCAACACUGUAUCUCGGAGAAUUGUCGGGAACAGAAUCUUCAAACAUCAUCACCAGAGCUUUUUCUGAAAUGUUCUCGAGAUGGACUACCAGUAGUUUGCCUCCCAGGAUUUCCUCGUGAGCUCUUUAGUUCAUCCGCACUAUACACUGAUUCUGCAUCGAAGGCACUGGCGAAGAGUUUUUCAGAUGUCGUGGCAUCAUUUGACUCCUGGUCUGGGGAAAAGCUACCAGUUGGGGAAGAAUUUUCUCUCUGCUCUGACAGCGAUUUCGCAUUUUCAGGAAUGGUAACAUCAAAAGAAAACCCUAUACAAAAAUUAGACCCAAAACAAGGAAAUGAGACAUGCAGAUCCCUUCAUACAAUUGUUUCUUCUCGUUUGUCCUCUUUGGGGCCAUCAAGAAUGCAGAGUGCUUCUUGCCACGAUCGCCCAAAGCCUACAUUAGUUCCUCAAGAUCUGAUUGUAUACGAUCAGCAAGCACCUAUACAGACCGGGAACACACAGAAUUUCAAGUGGAUAGAAGCUUGUAAAACAUCAAUAUGCUACAGCUGUACUGACCUGAAGAAUACCAUCAGCACUUCCACCUUGUUCCACUUUAGUGAUGGCUUGUUGCAACUCCGACUUCUUUGCCUAGAAAAUCAACAUAUUUUGCACUCGGAAUCAUAA